GCCCCAGCCCUGGAGAUGAAGUCAAGCAACUGUACCAGAUCCUGACAGACUUUGAUAUCAGGUUUUAUAUGUAUGAGCUGCUGAAGGCCCUGGAUUACUGUCACAGCAUGGGCAUCAUGCACAGGGACGUCAAACCUCACAACGUCAUGAUAGACCACCAACAGAAAAAGCUGCGGCUCAUAGACUGGGGCUUGGCCGAAUUCUACCACCCAGCUCAGGAAUACAACGUCCGUGUGGCCUCUAGGUACUUCAAAGGACCAGAGCUCCUUGUGGACUACCAAAUGUAUGACUACAGCUUAGACAUGUGGAGUUUAGGCUGUAUGCUGGCCAGCAUGAUCUUCCGAAAGGAGCCCUUCUUCCACGGCCAGGACAACUAUGACCAACUGGUUCGCAUCGCCAAGGUCCUGGGCACAGAUGAGCUGUAUGGGUACCUCAAGAAGUACCACAUAGAGCUGGACCCACACUUCAACGACAUCCUGGGCCAGCACUCAAGGAAGCGCUGGGAGAACUUCAUUCACAGUGAGAACAGACACCUGGUCAGCCCUGAAGUACUGGACCUCCUGGACAAGCUGCUGCGCUAUGACCAUCAACAGAGGCUGACAGCCAAGGAGGCCAUGGAGCACCCCUAUUUCUAUCCAGUGGUGAAGGAGCAGUCCCAGCCCAGCCCAGAGAACUCUGUGCUCUCCAGUGGCCUGACAACGGCGCGGUGAAGCCUGGAACCCGACGGGGCUGCUGCUGGCGCUCCCAAUUUCCCCUCAGCAGAAGGAGAAGCAAAGCCUCCGAGGUGCCAU